AUGGUCACGGGUCCCCACCCCGGCCCCGACGAGCUCAAGCAGCAGCGCGAGCUCGACAGGCGCCGCGACGCCGCCUCGCAGUCGCGGCUCACCGGCCCCUUCUUCGUGUCCACCCGUCCCGUGGGGCCCGGGGAAGGCCGCGUCGUGGCGGUGCGACCGCCCGCGCCGCCGCGCGACCCCGAGCUCGGCGCCGCCGGCGCCGCCGCCGAAAACGACGACGACGACGACGAUCGCCGCCGCGGACCCCCGGGCGCGCGCCCCCGCGCCACGCAAAUCCCGCCCUACGAAGCCCCCGCCGUGGACGCCUUCGCCGCGGUCAUCCUUUGCCUGCUCGCCGUAGGGAUCGUCGCCGUGGCUUGCGUUUUGCCGUAUCAAGGCUUACGCGACGCGGACGGGGACGGACACAGGUGGCAGGUCACCCUCGCGCGGUGGUCCAUCGCGCGCGACUACCCGGUCAUAUCGUCCCUCGCCGGGUACGCCGAGCGCGCGGAGCGGGGCGGCGGCAUCGAGGCGUACCUCCCCGAGGCUGACACGACGAACGAGGUUUUUUUCUCGGGGCUGGGGCCGGCGUCUGCGCCUGACGAUAUCGACGACUCGGACGCGCCGGAUCUGGAGGAUAUCGACGAGGGGGAGGUGAACGUGGGUAUCGUCGCGAUGGGACCGAGCUCGUGGGUCGUAUCGGCGGGUCCGCCGUGA